AUGACUGAGUUCAAGCUCAAAGUCGGUACUCGAGUUGAGGUAAUGGGGAAAGACUCGAUUGGUACGGUUGCGUUUAUCGGUCCUACACAGUUCUCCACAGGCAAAUGGGUUGGUGUCGUGUUGGAUGAGCCCAAAGGAAAGAAUAAUGGAACAGUACAAGGCAAACGGUAUUUCACCUGUGAUGAAAAUUUCGGAAUUUUUGUUCGUCCAACACAAUACAAGGGCUUGGAUACUGCCAGGUUGACUGAACCUAGACAGGAGAAGUCGAGAGGCAGAGGUCGGGUUCGCACUACGAACGUUAUGCUCAAAUUACUCGAUGGGCCGAAUGAGGCGAGUUUGAUGUCCUCAUCGGUCUUGUCAGAAUCCAGCGCAAUCUCUGAUACCGGAUCAACUCAAUCAGGCCCGAAAUCCGCCAAGCCACCAAGUCGGUCUGGUUCGUCUUCGUCACUUAGUUCGGUGAACAAAGUUUCAACUCCUGCUAAGGGUAAAUCUGUCAUCAAUUUACACUUGAUACGUAUCCUGUGUUCCGUCCGAUUCUCCAUCGUUUUUUUAAAGUCCUCGAUUUGUCCAACCAGCUCAAAUUACUCGAUGGGCCGAAUGAGGCGAGUUUGA